AUGUCAUUCAAAAAGAAGAAAGACCAAGACAUAUACAGAUAUCCGAGCAUUUUUGACACAGAGGUUUUAGAGCAUGAAGAUCAAGACCCGCCUUACCCAGAGCACUUAAGAUCUUCAACAUGUAACACAAACUUGGCUGACGAUCCCAGCCAUGUCACAAUCCAGAUGGUAAACAAGACAAAUAGCUUACUUUCUGUCCCUGCUUCCACCACAGAAAUGAUUUCAGACAGGAAGAAAAAGUUGUCACAUGAUUCUACUGUCGGCAUAGCUAACACUUCAAAUGCAAAGAAUAUAUUUCAAAGUGAUAAUCCUGUUAUCACCAUAACAAAGAUUUCAGAGACUGAUAAUAAACUGCCAACUGAGUCUCAUUUUACUACAACAAAGCCUUCAGAUAAGAGGCUGUGCUGUGACUCUAGCACCAGUACGAUAAAGCCUUCAGAUACUAAGUUAUACAGAAACUUUAAUUGCAGUACAUCAGAUUGGGGGCUGUUCAGUGACGCUGAUAUCAGCAAGUUGUUCCAAGAUCCUAGCAGCAAUGCAACACAGCUUUCAGGUCCUAAGAGGCUGUGCCAUAAUUCCAUUAUGAGUGGAAACAAACCUCCAGAUACUAGUAAGUUCUCCCGUGAUUCUAGUAUCAGUCCAACCAAGUCUUCAGAUCCUAAUAAGUUUUCACAUAAGCCUAGUACCAUUUCAACAAGGUCUCCAAGUCCUAAUAAGUUUUCACAUAAGCCUAGUACCAUUUCAACAAGGUGUCCAAGUCCUAAUAAGUUUUCACCUAAGCCUAGUACCAUUUCAACAAGGUCUCCAAGUCCUACUAAGUUGUCAUAUGAUUCUAGUACAAUUUCAACAGGGUCUUCAAGUCCUAAUAAGUUGUCACAUGAUUCUAGUACCACUUCAACAAGGUCUUCAGAUCCUAAUAACUUGUCACAUGAGUCUUGUAUCAAUGCAACAAAGUCUUCAGAUCCUAAUAAGUUGUCACAUGAGCCUGGUAUCAUUGCAACAAAGUCUUUAGAUAGUAAGAAUAAAUAUCCAAGUGGUAAUUCUAAUGACUGUUUACAGCCUACUACCAACACAACAAAAGCUUCAGUUACUAAUAAGAAGAUAGUACUGGAUUCUCACUUCCUCACAGUAGACUGUUCAGGUAGACAGAGCCCAUAUACAGACAGAGAUGAGCAACUAUCAAACGUACCUUUACCAAACUUCCAAAGAGAAUCAGCAGUGACUAGAAAUGUAAGCAUGUGUCAUUCCUCAACCUCAAUAAGUUUUACCUCUGAUAUGGAAAAUUUUAAACAGUCAAUAGUACUCAAAUCAAUUUUAAGCAAAAAUCUGCAAGACCUUUCAGAUGAGUUAUUUUCUAAAUCAGAAGUCUGCACAGAUGCCAGGGUGAUACAGGCAAGCUGCUCCCCAACUCCAAAUGUGCACACAAGCCUGUCAAAUGGUACAGACAACAGAGAAUUUGAAAAAGUCCAAGAUAUACACAGUUGCCUUUCAUCAAAAGACAUUCUAAAUUCACAGACUCUUUUAAGUCCUGUAAUUAAAAGUGUUCCUCAAGAUUUACUUCCAGAAGGUGAACCAGGAAAACCUUCAGACACAGAAGAUUGUGUUUCUGAAAAACUCUUAGAGACUGCUGAAACAAAUUUUCCAAAGCACAGAAAGAGUAGUUUCAAGACAAAACAUUUAGUAGGUGAAGUAUCUGGCUCCAAACAGAGUUUAACAUAUGACUAUUUCAUCAAGCAAAUAUUCACCGCGCCCAUAUUCUCCCAGCUGGGGAUGGGACCGAAGACCCUGAGCGAGGCGCAGAUGGCCUUACAGGGUCAGGCGCUCACACCUUGGGAGAGCAGGAUAUAUUCACAGAUUGUUAACUGUGAAGAAAAAGUCAAUGACAUCCAUUUGUCACAGUACAGCUCUGUCAUAAGCCAGAUAAUACAGUUGUUUCCUGUAAACACUCUCCUAGAGUCUGGGAUGAUCAAUGUGACAAAGCUGGGGAAGGCACAGCAGAAACCUCUGUUGGACACGCAGACAGCCUCUCCUCCAGAAGAGCCGCAGAAUCCCAGGGAGCAGCACUCUGAGGUCAAAUGUCCAACAACAGUUCUUUCCAGACAGAACACGCCGUGCCCCACCCCCGUAGACGGUUCUGUGAUUGGAGUGGAAUACACAGAAGACCGCCAAAGUAUCUCUGUGCAAGAGUCAAAGUGUCCACCCCCAGAGGGAAAGGCAGGCUCCCCCGCACCAACUGACCACCAGAGGCUUGAUGCAGAGGAGACUGAGCUAAUGUCUGCUUUAGAAAAUUUAAGUAACUCACUGGGGAAUAGUAAAGACACAAACACAGUAAUGUUAAAAUCCAUCCUAAAAAAUAUUUUCAAAGUUUGCCUCAAAUAUAAUCAGUCUGAUGGAAGACAACAACUAGAAAAAGAGUUAGAAAGAUCAACUCAACAUUCUUUACCAAGUGGUACAGAACACUUAGGAAAAGUUCAAGAGACUUUUAAUAAAGCAGAGAGGGACCCCAUUUUGAACCCAAAGCUGUGUUUGUUUCUAGAGAAGCUCUCGGAGUCAGAAGUUAAAAACCUCAAGUCUGAGUUAAGUAAACACAUUCAGCAUUACCUCUUAGAAAAACUUUCAGAAUCAGGCCACAUCACCAGGGAGGACUUACCAAAGAUCUGCCAGAAUCUCUGUCAGAUGAAUGAGAAAACAAAAUUGAAAGAGAAAACAGAAUUAAAAGAGCAAGGUCCCUUUCAGGAGACAUACUCAGAAACCAUAGAAGAAAUCAUGUCUUUUGUAAAUAAUUUUAACCAUCAUUUGGUAGACAAACAUUUAGAAAUAAAGCUUAAAUCUUUUCUAAAUGAUAGUCUUCAAAAUUAUUUCCUGAAGAAUCUCACAGUGAGCAAGUUAUUUAAUGAAGGCGAUGCCAUGGCUCUCUGUCCCGGCGUGGCCUCUCCAAGAAGUGAGGGCUCCUCAAGGCCUUUUCACCAGCUAGGGCAAGAGAUUGCAGGUGAGAGUUUUUGUUCAAGGCUUAAAAUAGACAUUAAUUGCCCGUUAAGCAAUUCUCUACAAAAUUAUCUUAAAACCUUAUCAGAUAGUGAAUUAUUAAGUCUAAAAUCUGAUUUGAGCAAAUACCUCCAGGGCCUCUUUCUAGAAAAACUUCAUAAAUCAGGAGUAAUGACAGAAAGCCAACAAAAGGGGCUCAACCAGCAAAUUAACUCCCUGCCUUCCUCCUCCACCCCAUUAAAGUACAUAAAAACAAAUUUACCUUGUAGAGAUGAAAAUUACAUUAUAAGGGAGGAUUCAGAAGAGCAAAAGAAAUAUUCAAAAAUUGGUCAAAAUACCACUUUACAAACAUUUCUUGAAGAUAAAUGUGGAGAAAUGGAACUGACUAGAAAGAGAGAAAAAGGAAGUUGUUUUUCACACAAUUUAAAAGAAAAUCCACCAGCAAUUUGGGAACCGAAAACUAUUGGUAACAGGGAAGGUAAAACAGUAAAUUUUGUAAAAGUACAACUUUCUCCCAACAAAAAUAUCCAGGCCAAUCCGUUAAAUAAGUCACCAGAAAGACCUGCAGACACAUCACUUAAGAAACACAAGAAAGAACACGGUUUCACAAAUCCUCAAGCAGAAAAUUCUGUUUACAAAACAGAUAUUCAAGAUCCAUACAAUUGGGAUGGCAGAUCAAAAACAAUUCAAUCAAAACUUGGCUUUGAAAAGACACUAAAAGUGAAGCCACUUGACAAAAAGGAGAACAAUAACACUUAUAACUUUAUUGUUCAGGAAAAACUUGAUACAGGAUUUUCACCUCAUCUAAAACUCCCUACCUGCAAAGCACCAAGAGAAAACGAAUAUGGAAGCAGGCUCUCUUUUCCUACCUGGCACACUAACACCUUCACCCAUGUCAACACAGAGUGUGGGGAACAAUCAAAAUUGGACCAGUAUUGUCAGAAACUGAAAGGAAACAAUAAUAACAAUAAAAAACACUUGGUUACAUUUGCACAGUUCAAAAAUGAAAUGGAAACUCUUUAUAGAAACCCAUACGAAGACUGCAAUGAAAAAUGUGCCAAGAUCUCUGACUCACAGUCAUUUAAAUAUAAAGAAAAUGAGAGAAACUCAAGGCCAUUCUUCUUCCCGGAAGUGUUGAAAAGAGAAAACAUGAAAUCCAAAAGAAAAGAAAGAGACCAUGCCACCAAACCAAAAAAGUCAUUUCACAAGAUAGUUAGGAUCCUACCAGCCACACUACCCACUGCAAGACCUCAUCUGCGGAAGUCUGUGCCAAGGACUUUACUCCAAUGGACUGCCAGGAGAACUGUACAUGAUUGUUUGGAUAAAUGCGAAGACUUACACAUACCCUCAGUUAAAUGUCCUAAAACCUCAAAAUCAAAAGCACGACUUUUAGGCAAGAGUCCAGAUGACCCCCAUAAUCAGGCAAAACACUGCGACCGACCGUACACUGCUCCAGAGCCUAACAAGCGACGAGAGACUGUGGCCGGGAAAAUCGCAAGUCUUCGGAUGGUUUCAGCGGGCUUAGUUCAGUUACACACCACCCCAGAGCAUGAGCUACAUAAAACUCGGUUCAAAAGAAAAUUAAAAGAGGAUAUUGAAAAAAGUUCGUUCAUUUGUGAUAUUAUCCAGAUGCUAAACACUGAAGAAUGA